GCCAACAGUUCGGUUUCCAACGAGCGUGCGUAGAGUCCGCCCGCAACAGCGCUAAUCAAAUAUUUUUCAAGGAGCUGAGUGAGUGUAACAUAUAAAGAAAUGUUGCGCCCUGCGCUUACCUGGCGAUUGGUGCUAUGUGCAUUUUAUUUGACACAUUUUGUAACGGCGCACAUUCGUAUCGAAGCACCCGAAAUUCAUGUAGGACCCAAGUUCCAACCUACGUUCAUUCGAUCAGCAGUGGAGAGUACGCCAUUAGAAGAAAACGCUGAAGUUCAUAGUCGCUUCAGUAUGAAUCCUAUCCCUGGAAAUAUGUUCAUACCUCUUCGAAGCGCUGUAGAAAGUGUGCCAACAGUAAAUAAGGAAAUCGUAGCGCAGUUAAAAAAAAACAGAGACCACCGUUAUUUUGUGAGAGAUUCAGUUGAAGCACCACCAAGUGAUGACGAAGAGGAAAACGUAGAAAAAGAAUUCAAAAACUAUGUUUCAGAUAUAGCCAACACCAAUAAUGAAUUUAAGCCAGAUCCCUGGACGGUUUCCGAUAAAUAUGCUGCCUUUAUUACAUCUGAGCAUUCUAAUCAUAACUAUCCACAGCCGUAUCGAGAGGGCUCUCCGAAUCAGCAACUACUGAAGACAGUGGAUAUCGAACAUCUGGAAAACAUUGAAGAAUUAGAAUCUUAUACAGUGCAGAAACCUUAUGGCGCAUUAGCACAACUAAGCCAGCCAAAUCUUGAACCCUCUUAUGGAGCUCUAUCACAAAAAAAUCUUAAUUUAUCACCCAAGGUUCUAUGUUAUAUGUCAAAUUGGGCCUUUUACCGCAAAGGUGACGGUCACUUUGUUCCCGAGAAUGUUGACAAAAAUCUUUGUUCGACCAUUAUUUACUCAUUUGCUUCGCUUGACCCUGACCUCUUGACUAUUCGUGAGUUUGAUCCGUGGGUGGAUUUGGAGAACCAGUUUUAUCGCCGCGUAACUUCACUUAAUGUUCCUGUUAUGAUUGCAAUGGGGGGCUGGACGGACUCUAGCGGCGACAAGUAUUCACGACUAGCUGGCGAUGAAAUCAAGCGAAAAGUAUUUGCCUCCAGUGUGGUAAGCUUUUUGCAGCGUCAUGGAUUUAGUGGCCUGCAUUUUGAUUGGAACUAUCCAAAGUGCUGGCAAAGCGAUUGCGCUAAGGGACCUGCAAGCGAUCGGCCAAAUCUUACUAUGUUGCUCCGUGAAGUACGAACUGAGUUCCAAAGAGUAAAUAAGAAACUAAUGCUUGGAGUGGCGAUUUCGGGAUACAAAGAAAUUAUUUCGGAAGCCUAUGAACUCCCGGUACUGUCAGAUAUUGUAGAUUAUAUGACGGUAAUGACUUAUGAUUACCAUGGUUUUUGGGAACGGCAAACUGGACAUGUUAGUCCACUAUACGGAUCUAAAUCAGAUAAGUACCCACAAUACAACACAGACUACACUAUGCAGUUAUUAUUAAAGUUGGGCGCAAGACGUAAUAAGUUAAUUUUGAGCAUACCCUUUUAUGGACAAAGCUUUACUCUAGAAAAAAGUCUCCAAAACCUGGGCGGCGAAGGAAUUCCAACAACUGGACCUGGAGAAGCUGGUGAGCUGACAAAGCAGCCAGGAAUGCUGGCUUAUUACGAAAUUUGUCAACGCAUAAGAAAAUCUAAGUGGUUGAGUGGCCGGGACCCUACCAGGAAGUCUGGUCCUUAUGCUUUGUUCAAGAACCAAUGGGUAGGGUAUGAGGAUCCGUCAAGUAUUGAAGCAAAGGCACGCUAUGCCGCCAAUAACAACUUUGCUGGUGUAGCAGCCUGGACUGUUGAUUUAGAUGACUUUAACAAUCGCUGCUGCACUGAAACUUUUCCUCUUUUGAAAGCCAUUAAUCGUGGCUUAGGUCGAUUAGAUACAGAGCCGCCAAGUCAAGUUAAUUGUGACCGUCCGUCGCCGGUAUCUACCCCAGCACCUCCUCAAAUGACCACUGUAAGUAAUGAUGGGUCAGCUAGUGUAGAACAGAAUCACGAACACACUACCACUUGGCCAAGCUUUCAGGCAAACGAUAAUAGAACUACCACAAGGGUUCCAAAAAAUACCACUAAAAAACCUACCUCCACCACAAUUAAUAAUAUUAACCACACAUCUUGGUGGGGUUCUACUACAACUCGUCGACCUUCCAAGCCAACGAAAACCACUACUAUACCAGUUCAUACAACCUUACCGUUUCCAGCAGUAAUUUAUCCCAUAGAGCAGGCGUUCAUAUGUACACCCGGUGAAUUUUAUGCUGACAAAAAGAAUUGUAACGCCUAUUACCACUGCAUAAUUUCUGGGGAGCUUCGGCAACAGUUUUGCCCCGGCGGUCUACACUGGAAUAAAGAUACAAAAGCAUGUGACUGGCCGUCCUCCGCCAACUGUUUAAUUAAAAGAGAACAGGAAAGUAGUUCCCCAUUGCCUACACCAUAUACCACGAAGAAAACAAAAACAACAGAAAAGCCUAGCAGAAAUCCAACUACAUCAUCUCGGCCAGUGAUAAGCGCAAUUUCUACUAAACGGCCAAACCAAACUACUCGUCGUCCACCCAUAUCAAGCCAAUGUAACGAAGCGGAAUACUAUACACAUAAAAACUGUGGAAAAUAUUAUAUCUGUGUAAAUGGCGUCCUUGUGCCCAGCGAAUGUGGUGGAAAUCUUCACUGGGACGCUAUUCGCAAAAUAUGCGACUGGCCAAAAAAUGUUCAGUGUCUGACAUCCAAGAAAUAUCUUAAGAUUAUUCAGGAAAGUCGUGCUAACGAAGAAGACCCGUGCAACGGGGAGGAAAGAGUACCCUAUCCGGGUGACUGCUCAAAGUAUCUUUUUUGUUUGUGGAACCGCUUGCAAGGCGCAGAUUGCCCACCUGGACUGCACUACAACGAGGCUAUUGGCAAUUGCGACUGGCCGAUUGCUUCAAUGUGUAUUUCUAAUAACGGUGUAACUGGGCAAAGCUCUAAGCCACAAGCUCCCGCUAAGCCUGUACCCAUCACUCAAAGACCGAUUACAACUGCAAAACCAACUUAUCCUACAGAUAAACCAGUACUGGAUCCAUUAAAUGGUCAUUUUAAAGUAGUUUGUUAUUUUACGAAUUGGGCUUGGUACCGUAAGGGACUUGGCCGCUUUACUCCCGAUGACAUUAACACAGACCUGUGUACGCAUGUGGUUUAUGGAUUUGCUGUACUGGACUAUACAGAAUUAAUUUUGCGCACCCAUGACUCCUGGGCAGAUAUUGACAAUAAAUUUUAUAUACGUGUAAGCAGUUUAAAAGAAAAGGGAAUUAAAGUCAGUUUAGCACUCGGUGGCUGGAACGAUUCACAGGGAGAUAAAUAUAGUCGACUUAUAAGAAGUCCUUCGGCCCGAGUUCGUUUUAUCCGCCACGCCAUCGAGUUCUUAGAAAAGUAUGGAUUUGAAGGUCUCGAUCUAGAUUGGGAAUAUCCAGUAUGCUGGCAAACGGAAUGCAAUAGGGGAUUUUCAGAGGAAAAGGAAGCAUUCACUGCGUGGGUUAGGGAACUCUCUGAGGCAUUCAGACCACGAGGAUUGUUAUUGUCUACGGCUGUCUCACCUAGUAAAAAAAUAAUUGAUGCUGGCUAUGAUGUGCCGCAGAUUUCUCGCUACUUUGAUUGGAUUGCUGUGAUGACAUAUGACUUCCAUGGACAAUGGGACAAGAAGACAGGUCAUGUAGCACCUCUGUAUUAUCAUCCUGACGAUGACGACAAAUAUUUUAACGCGAACUUUUCCCUAAACUAUUGGAUCGAGAAAGGGGCACCAUCUCGAAAAAUUAUUAUGGGUAUGCCUUUGUACGGCCAGUCCUUUACUUUGGAAAAUGCUAGCAACAACGGCUUAAAUGCUAAAGCGCCGGGCCCCGGUCGGGCUGGGGAGUUUACGAAAGCAGCCGGAUUUCUGGCGUUUUAUGAGAUUUGUGAUCGAAUUAAGAAUCAAGGUUGGGAAGUUGUUCAAGAUAAUCUACGGCGUAUGGGUCCGUAUGCAAGAAAAGGAACUCAAUGGGUAUCCUACGACGAUCCUGCUAUGAUCCGCCAAAAAUCGGAAUUAGUAAGGCGCUUAAACCUAGGCGGUGGUAUGGUUUGGGCUCUCGAUCUCGAUGACUUUCAUAAUAGAUGUGGGUAUGGAGUGUAUCCUCUUCUGCGAGAAAUUCAUGACGUUCUUAAAUAUCCACCAGGGGAUUUUAAGCCAAUAGAAUCUGUGGAAGAAGAAAAUAUUUCAGCUGAAAUAGAGUCAUCGUUGAAUGGGGAUGAAUCUAUAGAAGGUCCUAAUGAUGUCCAAACUGAAGAGGAUUUAAAUAACAAUGAAGAAGCGUUACAAAACAACGAAGCGAAUACCAAUAAUGACGUCGAAGAAAUCGAUUUAGAACUCGAAUCGGACGUUCAAGUAUCAAAUAUCAGUGCGAGAUCGGACUUUAAAAUCAUUUGCUAUUUUACUAAUUGGGCGUGGUAUCGACAGGAUGGUGGAAAGUAUCUUCCAGAGGACAUCGAUUCAGACCUGUGUACACAUAUUAUUUAUGGUUUCGCUGUGCUUAAUCGCGAUAAUCUGACCAUUCAGCCACACGAUUCCUGGGCUGAUCUAGACAAUAAUUUUUACGACAGAGUUGUGGUCCAUCGAAAAAAAGGUGUUAAAGUUACAGUAGCCAUUGGAGGAUGGAAUGACUCAGCCGGCGAUAAAUACGCUCGAUUAGUGAGAAGUGCUAAGGCGAGAGCAUUAUUCAUUGCCCAUAUUUUAAAUUUUAUUGAACAGUAUGGAUUUGACGGCUUGGAUCUGGACUGGGAAUACCCAGUAUGCUGGCAGGUUGACUGUAAAAGAGGAAACGCUGAUGAAAAACAAGGAUUCACUACCUUAGUGCGAGAACUUUCCCAAGCUUUCCGACCAAGGGGCCUCCUUCUAUCUGCAGCAGUAUCCCCCAAUAAAAAGGUUAUUGAUUCUGGAUAUGAAGUGCCUGAAUUAUCUAAAUAUUUUGACUGGAUUGCUGUGAUGGCUUACGAUUAUCAUGGGCAGUGGGACGGGAAAACGGGUCAUGUGGCACCCAUGUAUGAUCACCCCGAUGGAGCUUCCACUUUUAACGCCAACUUCUCAAUAAACUAUUGGAUAAAGAGUGGAGCUGAUAGAAAAAAACUGGUGAUGGGAAUGCCAAUGUACGGCCAAUCUUUUUCUUUAGCUCAAAUAAGUGAUAAUCAACUGAAUGCACCGACUUACGGUGGGGGGGAAGCUGGUGUGGCUACAAGAGCCCGUGGAUUUCUCUCUUAUUAUGAAAUUUGUUCAUAUAUCCGACACCGAGGAUGGAACGUUGUGCGGGACCCUCGAGGCCGCAUGGGACCAUUUGCUUAUUCUCGGGACCAAUGGGUCUCUUUUGAUGAUGCGCCCAUGAUUCGGCAUAAAAGCGAAUAUGUAAAGGCAAUGGGUCUGGGAGGAGCCAUGAUCUGGGCCCUAGACCUGGACGACUUCAAAAAUGACUGUGACUGUGAGUCUUACCCUUUACUUAAAACUAUUAAUCGUGUACUUCGUGGAUACCGAGGACCGGCCCCAAAGUGCAGACUUGAAAAAACCGACAAAACAAUGAUUGCUGGAGACUCAUCAAAAACACCCGCCCCAUCAAACACAGUUGCAAGUAAUGAUACUGUUUUCCAAGUUAAUGUUGCUGUUUUACCAGAUAUCAUGCACCCAAACCACACCAUCGACUGUGAAAAAAAUAACUAUGUUAUUCAUAAAAAUGAUUGUAAUAAGUAUUACAUAUGCCAACAUGGAGAGCUCGUAGAACAACGAUGCCCUUCGGGUCUGCAUUGGAAUGAAAACCACUGCGACUGGCCUACAAAUUCAAACUGCUCGGUUCAUUCGGACCUAACCACAAAGGCGCCAGUUUUGAACCGUCCUACACCCACUUAUGAAAAUUUGAAACCUGAUCCCACAAAGAGACCGGCGAGCCCCCCAGAUUCCAACUCCAACGCCUUAUAUAAGCCCACAACAGAGGAAUCAUUUUACAAAGUGGUUUGCUAUUUCACUAAUUGGGCUUGGUAUCGACCUGGGCAAGGAAAAUUUGUGCCAGAGGACAUUGACACCAACCUGUGCACUCAUAUCGUCUAUGGCUUUAUAGUUCUUGACAGCAAUACACUGACCGUAAAAACGCAUGAUUCAUGGGCUGACAUAGACAACCGAUUCUAUGAACGCGUUUUAGAACACAAAAAGAACGGAAUACGGGUGACGGCAGCCAUUGGAGGUUGGAACGAUUCAUUGGGUAGUAAAUAUGCACGUUUAGUGCUGAACCCAUCAUCUCGGAAGCAAUUUAUUUCAAGCGUCUUAGGCUUUCUUGAAAAAUACGGCUUCGAUGGCUUAGAUUUGGAUUGGGAGUACCCAGUAUGCUGGCAAGUUGACUGUUCCAAAGGCUCCCCUGCGGAGAAGCAAGGUUUCACAAAUUUAGUUAUCGAAUUAUCGAAUGCCUUUAAGCCCAAAAACCUUCUUCUCUCUGCUGCAGUUUCGCCAAGUAAGUUGGUGAUCGAUACAGGUUACGAUAUUCCACAGCUGUCCCGGUAUUUUGAUUGGAUUGCUGUUAUGACUUACGAUUUCCAUGGACACUGGGACAUGCAAACGGGUCACGUAGCACCACUUUACUAUUCUGAAACGGACAUUAACCCAUACUUCAACAGUAAUUUUAGCAUCCAUUACUGGCUUAAUCAAGGCGCACCUGCAUCCAAGUUGGUUAUGGGUAUGCCGUUUUACGGUCAGUCCUUUUCUCUGGAAAACCAACAACAAAGGUCGUUAAAUGACAAAACUAUAGGACCCGGAAAAGCAGGUACCUACACACGCGCUGGUGGAUUCUUAGCCUACUACGAAAUAUGCGACAAUAUCAACAAAGGGGGAUGGAAGGUGGUUAGAGAUCCCUAUGGUCGUAUUGGUCCCUAUGCCUACAGUGGCAACCAGUGGGUAUCCUACGACGAUGUAACGGACAUUCGCAGAAAAGCACAGUACGUAAAAAAUAUGAAACUGGGUGGGGGCAUGAUUUGGGCCCUUGAUUUGGACGACUUUCAUGGCCGCUGUGGAUGCGGAAAACACCCAUUGCUAAGGACUCUCAAUCAGGAACUAAGGGACAUACCCGGUCAGCGAACCAACGAUUGUACUUAAAUAUAGAACGUAACUACAGGAAACUAGGUCAUAAGUAAAUAUUCC